AUGCAUGCAAACAGACACAUACCACAACCGCCGCACAGCGCUGGGGAAUCCUUACAAAGGAACAUGCCAUCUCCAAUUGACGUGAUAGAAUCUGACAAGGAGAAAUGGGAAGGAAAUUCAUUCAUGACGUUACCCGGGAACAAUCCACCAUUAUCAACGUCCGACUUUACAGCGUUUGACCAAGGAAACUCGAGUCCAAAACACGUUAGAGUAUCAACGUGGAACCUUCCAAGCUCCUCUUAUCUGGCAAAAGAGUGCGAUAUUCCCCUUGCGGCAGUGUUUCAGCCAUUUGCAGACCUUGAUCCUCGCGAAGAGUCUAUCCCAGUCGUGGACUGUGGUGAUUCAGGUCCUCCUCGGUGCGAGAAGUGUAGAGGGUACAUUAAUCCUUGGUGUACAUGGACUGCCGGUGGAUGGAGAUGGAAAUGUAAUCUUUGCGGUCAUGAAACUCAAGUAUUGCCGGAUUAUUUUUGCAAUCUGGAUGCAAACCUCACGAGAAUCGAUCUUCCAAACCGUCCCGAAUUGAACAAGGGAACUGUUGACUUCAUAGUCUCAGGAAAAGAGUACUGGGCGCCUCCACCUCUGCCGAGGAUGAGUUCGUCGUAUUUCUCGAUCGACCCUCCUUCCUCUCAAGCACGCGAGCCCAAAUCCCUGAACUGUCUUUUUGCCUUUGACGUCUCGUUGGAAGCUAUACGAACAGGCUUUCUUAAAUCUGCUUGUUAUAUUCUGCGAGAUUUGCUCUACGGCAGUACCUCCCUUGACGGGACUUGGUUAGAGCCAUCCUUCCCCCAAGGUUCUCAGCUUGCGAUUCUGACAUAUGACACUUCUCUACACUUCUAUGAUCUGUCUCCAGCCUCGUCAUUGGCAAGCAUGAUCGUGGUUUCCGAUUUAGAAGAAGUCUUUAUUCCUUUGCGUGAGGGCUUGUUUGUGGACCCCUGGAAAUCCAGGACCGCUAUCGAAGGUCUACUUAAGGCAUUACCGGAACGUUAUCUAGAUACCGUCAUCGAUAAUGCAGCGCUUGGGGGAGCGCUACUUGCUGGGCUAGCUUCGCUUGCAGGCCGAGGGGGGCACAUCAUUGCUUUCCAGAGUGUAUUACCUGCAAUCGGACCCGGUGCUCUUGAACCACUACAUGAUCAAGCCUCAUUAUAUGGCACGGAAAAAGAGCGAACUAUGUUCCUCCCUCGUCAUCAGACAUGGAGAGACAUUGCUGAGGAGUGCUCAGAGGAGGGUAUUGGUGUCAGUAUGUUCCUUGGGAUGAGCAAACCUAUCGAUAUUGGAUCCAUUGGUAUUGUAUCUUCUACCACUGGCGGCGAACUGUUUUUCCAUCCUAGGUUUAAUCCUGCACGAGAUCAACACGUUUUGACUUCUCAACUACGGCGUUUGCUAACUCGGACGACAGUGUACAAUUGCUUAUUGCGCGUGCGAUGUUCCAAUGGCCUUCGAAUAUCAAAUUAUUAUGGAAAUUUCCAUGAGCGUUCUGUAUCGGACUUGGACAUUGGAAUUCUUGACUCCGAUAAAGCCAUAUCCGUGCAUAUCGAGCACUCACGCAAGUUGGAUGCUCGAGAGUAUGCAUUCUUGCAGUGCGCUGUGCUCCAUACAACACUAGAUGGCCAACGUCGUGUCCGAAUAUGUAAUCUUGCCUUGGAAGUGGCAGACUUGGCCGCCAACGUUUUUAGGUAUGCUGAUAUGGAUGCCGUAGUGUGUCAUUUAGCAAGGGAAUCGAUGUCAAAACUGACUUCACGACGAAUGGCUCACAUUCGAGAAGACUUGACUGAUAGAUGUUCAUCCAUAUUACUCGGCUAUCGGCGAAAUUGUGCGGCUGCUACCGCUCUAAUUAUACCUGAAGCAUUUCGAGCUCUGCCUGUAUACACCCUAGCAAUCAUGAAGUGCAAACCCCUCAAAGGUCGUAAUGUAUCCGCGGACGUGCGCAACUAUCAUUCUCAGAAGAUUCUAUCUAUGAGCGUGCGCACAACAAUGCAGUAUCUCUAUCCCCGCCUGCUUGCGGUCCACGACUUGGCAGAUGGCAUAGCGCUUCCAGACCCCACAACAGGUCAGAUGUCCUUUCCGUCAUUGAUGCGGAACAGCCACACCUACAUGGAAGCAAACGGCGUCUAUCUAAUAGAUAACGAAGAUCUCAUGAUAUUUUGGGUCGGUUCCAGUGUUUCCCCCCAAUUACUUCUUGACCUAUAUGGCGUGGAUGACCUCCUAGCUCUGGAUCCGAAUAUCAUCCAGCUCCCUGUUCUUCACACUCGAUUGUCUGCUCAGGUUAGAAAUAUACUCACGCAUCGCUACGCUCAGCGAGGUCGCACCCCGAAGAUGCUUCUUGUUCGCCAAAAUAUGGAUGGGACGGAAAUUGAGUUUAGUGACAUGCUUGUCGAAGACCAGAAUAAUGCUGCCAUGUCAUAUUUGGACUUUUUGUGUUUGAUUCAUAAACAGAUUAAUGCUGCGCUUACAAACGGCGAGUCGUUAUCUGGAGGACCGAGCCUGCGAGGAUCUCCAUGGUAA